UCUCUCUCUCUGCCCCCUUGUCCUUGACAAUGUAACGCAAGGGAUUGAUCCUUGAUAGAAGUGAAUAUAUUCAAGUUUCUCUCUCUCUCUCUCUCUCUCUCUCUCAUCCGCACAGUGAGAUGGCUGAUCUCAACUGGAAGCCUCAUGCUAUCAUGAUCUCAUUCCAUCUCCAAGGUCAUAUCAUCCCCUAUGUCCAUCUAGCCAUAAAGCUUGCUUCAAAAGGCUUAACCAUCACCUUCGUCCACACCCAAUCAAUUCACCAACAAAUCAUCAAAGCCCAGUCGGAUAACACGCCGGCCGGAACUGAUAUCUUCUCCGAAGCACGGACGUCAGGUCUCGAUAUACGUUAUAUGACUGUCAGCGACGGUCUUCCGGUAGAAUUCGAUCGAUCUGUAAAAAGCGAACAGUAUUGGGAGUCUUUCCUGAAUGUUUUCCCAGUCAAUAUUGAUGACCUUGUUGGUGAGAUUGUCCGGAGAGAACCGUCAUCGGAGCUUUUUUUGAUCGCCGACACCUUUUAUUUGUGGCCGGAGAAGAUUGCCAAGAAGUAUAAUCUGGUCAACGUUUCGUUCUGGACUGAACCUGCUUUGGUGUUUAACUUGUACUAUCACCUGGACCUUCUACGACAAAAUGGUCAUUUUGGUUCUAAUGAUAAUCGCAAGGGCACCAUAGAUUACAUACCCGGAGUCAAGGCAAUCGAACCAAAAGACUUGAUGUCCUAUCUUCAAGAUACCGAUUUAUCGUCAGUAAUACACUGGAUAAUCUUUAGGGCAUUCGAAGAAGAGGUGAAGAAAGCAGAUUUUGUUUUAUGCAAUACAGUGCAAGAGCUUGAAGCUGAGACAAUUGCAUCUCUACAACAAAGGCAACCCUUUUAUGCAGUUGGACCCAUUUUUCCUACUGGCUUCACCAAAAGUGUUGUGGCUACGAGCCUAUGGUCUGAAUCAGAUUGCACCCACUGGCUCAACACCAAGUCUCAUGGGUCAGUGUUGUAUGUCUCUUUUGGCAGCUUGGCUCAGGCCAACCAACUUGAUAUUGUGGAGAUAGCACAUGGGCUUUUACUUAGUGAAGUGAAUUUUGUUUGGGUGAUUCGCCCUGGUAUGGUUAGUUCUGAUGAUACUAACAUCUUGCCCGUUGGAUUUGAAGAAAAUAUCAAAGGUCGAGGGUUGAUCGUUCCAUGGUGUACUCAGAUUGAGGUGAUUUCAAAUCCCGCUAUAGGGGGAUUCUUAACUCAUUGUGGGUGGAAUUCCACAUUGGAAAGUAUAUGGUGCGGGGUUCCAUUGCUAUGCUUUCCUUUGUUUACAGAUCAAUUCACUAAUAGGAAAUUAGUGGUUGACGAUUGGAAGAUUGGACUCAAUUUAUGUGAUGGGGAAUCAAUCACAAGGGAAGAAGUUGCGGAGAAGAUUAGCCAUCUGAUGGGUGGAAAAUCGUUAGAUGAGUUGAGGAAGGAGACCAAGAAAGUGAGAAAGGUUCUUGAGGAUGCAUUGGCUACCGAUGGAUCAACAGAGAAAAAUUUUGAUCGAUUUAUCAAGGAUGUCAAGGCCAAAAUUCGGCAGAAACAUGAGGAUCGACCUUCUAAUCAUUCUUAGCUUCCAUGGUGUUGUAAUACAGUCAGUUUGGUAUAAGCAUAUUCUUGGUAUUAGCUACCAUUGGAUUGUUGACUGCACUUUUCUCUCAAAUAGGCCUGCCAAUUGAUUGAGAUUAUAAGUCAGAUAUAUAUGACUGUUUAUUUUUAUGAAUUAUUUGCAUUUGAAUCCGUUAUAUCUUUAGUUCAUGGGUUUUAUUUCAUGGGCUGUAUAAUUAGAUUUUAUUGAAAUUCUUGUGUACUUUUUG